GGGAAUCGCGGCGCGGCUCUACUGCGCAUGCGCGGGUUCCGGAGCGCUCGAACGCCGCUCGUGGACUGCUGCAGUCUGGACUCUGGAGCCGCGUGGAAGCACUGCACACCUCAUUGAGUUCAUAACGCGAAGGUGGCGGGCCCGAAGCAGUGCUUUUUUUGAUUUGUCCUCCUCCAUCGUUCUCAAACUGGUUUAUUCACCCCAUACACGCCAUGGCCAACAAAGAGGAGAAAGCUGACGAGAAACAGUCCAGCUGGAAAGAUUUUUUCUACAACCCACGGACGGGGGAAUUCAUCGGGCGCACCGCGAGCAGCUGGGCUCUUAUAUUCCUCUUCUAUCUGGUCUUCUAUGGCUUCCUGGCGGGAAUGUUCACUCUCACCAUGUGGGUGAUGCUACAGACGCUGGAUGAGCACACUCCCACAUACAGGGACCGAGUCGCCAAUCCAGGGCUGAUGAUCAGGCCGAGGUCCUUGGAAAUUAAAUUUAACCGAUCGAUUCCCCAGCAAUACAGCAUGUACGUGCAGCCCCUGGAGUCGUUCCUGCAGCCGUACAAUGACUCUCUGCAGGAGGCGAACGAGGCCUGUCCUGAGGGUGUGUACUUUGAGCAAGAUGAUGUUGAGGAGAAGAAGGUUUGCCAGUUCAAGAGAAGUGUGCUACGACAGUGCUCUGGACUGGCUGAUAGCAAUUUUGGUUAUUCCGAGGGUCAGCCAUGCAUCCUAGUCAAGAUGAAUCGAGUGAUUGGGCUUAAGCCACGAGGAGACCCGCAUAUCAACUGCAUAGCCAAGAGAGAAUCUCCCCUGCAGAUGCAGUAUUUCCCCACUGAGGGCAAACUCGACAAGAGUUACUUCCCCUAUUAUGGCAAGAAAUUGCAUGCAAACUACGUCCAGCCGGUGGUAGCUGUGAAGCUGCUGCUGACGGAGGACGACUUUAACUCUGAGCUCACCAUCGAGUGCAAGGUGGAGGGUUCGGAUCUGCUCAACAGCGACGAGCGGGACAAGUUCCUGGGCCGCGUCGUCUUCCGCGUCUUAGUGUCCAAGUAGCCUAGAUCAUCCAGCGGAGACGCACGAUGUCACUUCCUCUCACGUUCAUCACGUCCAUAUCACACACACCUCGUCCCCUCUGAGGCGUCCCAAGAGUUUAAUCAGGGCCUUUACACAUCAAGUUCAAACCUCGUCCUGGAUUCAAGUGUAGCUGGAUGCACACAGACCUUCACUGGGAUGGAAACGUGCAUGUGUGUGGAGAUUAAUGAAGGUUUUAGGACUUAAUCACUGAUUCAAGAUUUUUAUUCGUCACAUACACGAUUAUAUAGAUAUAUAUGAUUCCCCAUUUAUCAUAAAACAAACCAAUGGAAAUAAAAUUCAAAGGUAAAAGAACAAGACCCGCCUCAUACGAGAGAAGCCAGUCAUCGUGUAGUGUAGUCAGUAUAGGGACCUGUAAAUAGAUGCAUCAGCACAUCAUGUGUGUGGUCUGCUCCCCUCGUAGUACUGUUUAGCCUGCCGUGUGUGUGUGUGUGUGUGUGUGUGAUGUGAAGCCUCUGUGUACAUAUUUAAUGGAUUUUAAACACUCUUUUUCUCUGUCAUUGCUCUCACGUUGUCUGACUGCUGUAAGAAAUCAAGAGUAUGAAAUUAUAUAAUAGCUGUAAUUUAAGAUUAUUGAGAGGUGAAAAAUAAGGGUGGGGGUUAAACACCAAAAAACAUCUGUAUGUCACCAUCUGAGGGAAAGGAUUUUUUUAAACCUCUGCAGAAACUGUUCUUUGUGCAGAUGCCUUACGAUCUGUAUGAGUUUAAAAACCUUGAAAUAAAAUUUGAUUUUAAACAAAGA